AUGCGCCCUCCUCCACGGCCCUCAACGGCUAGAGCACCAUCCCAAGCGCCUUCAAAUCGCAUUGAUCGAUCUGGCGCAAUAUCCCCAGCCGGUUCGGUGGUUUCAGUGGCCACAACGGUUGGGGGGACGAAACGAAAGGAGCGGGACUUCGAGCACGAUGAAGAGGAGACAAACAUCAAUGUUGUUGUAAGGUGUCGAGGGCGUAAUGAAAGAGAAGUCCGAGAGAACAGCGGAAUGGUUCUUACAACAAAUGGAGUCAAGGGCAACAGUCUAGAACUAUCCAUGGGACCCAGCGCACUGAGUAACAAGACCUACCAUUUCGACAAGGUAUUCUCCUCCGCUGCGGACCAAGCGAUGAUAUAUGACGAUGUCGUCACACCAAUUUUGAACGAGAUGCUUGGGGGAUACAACUGUACGAUCUUCGCCUACGGUCAAACUGGAACCGGAAAAACAUACACCAUGUCUGGUGACAUGAAUGAGACUUUCGGAAUGCUGUCUGACGCAGCAGGAAUAAUACCCAGGGCGCUGCAUGCGCUGUUCAACAAGCUCGAAAUGGACGAUGCGGAGGCCUCUGUAAAGUGCUCUUUCAUCGAGUUGUACAACGAAGAGCUGCGCGACCUGAUCUCUCCGGAUGAGAAUGCGAAAUUGAAGAUCUACGACGACAAUACGAAGAAGGGUCAUUCGAGUACGAUUGUACAGGGCAUGGAGGAGUCGCAUAUUAAGAGCGCCAUUGACGGUAUCAAGCUUUUGCAAGAUGGAAGUCAUAAGCGACAGGUCGCAGCAACAAAAUGUAACGAUCUGAGUAGUCGAAGUCACACAGUUUUCACCGUGACAGCCUACAUUAAAAGGACUGGAGAUAAUGGCGAGGACUACAUAAGUGCUGGAAAGCUCAACCUUGUUGAUCUGGCUGGAAGUGAGAACAUCCAGCGGAGUGGAGCUGAGAACAAGCGUGCUGCGGAAGCAGGGUUGAUCAACAAGAGUUUGUUGACUCUCGGAAGAGUGAUCAAUGCCCUCGUCGAUCGUGGAUCCCACAUUCCGUACCGUGAGUCGAAGCUCACACGGCUUCUUCAGGACUCUCUAGGUGGACGGACGAAGACCUGUAUCAUUGCGACAGUUUCACCUGCAAAAAGUAAUCUGGAAGAAACUAUUUCGACAUUAGAUUACGCUUUCCGUGCCAAGAACAUUCGCAACAAACCCCAAGUCAACCAGAUGAUCAACAAGAAGACGUUGCUCAAGGAAUUUACGUUUGAGAUUGAGAGGCUGAAGAGCGAACUGAUUGCAACGAGACAACGCAAUGGUGUUUAUCUGACAAAUGAGAAUUACGAGGAGAUCACCGUGGAGAGCGAGUCUCGAAGGAUCCUUAGUGAAGAGCAAGCGGCCAAAAUCGAAAUGAUGGAGACCAACUUACGGAAUAAAGUCCAGGAGCUGUAUUCUUUGACCUCCAACUUCAUGACCUUGAAGAAGGACAACGAAAGUACGAAAGCUGUACUCGAUGAAACGAAAGACAUUCUUGAGCAAACUGAAUCUGUCCUCUCGAAUACCCGACAAAGUUUAGCUGAAGAGACCGUCUUGCGGAAAGCUCAUCAGCAAACCGAGGAGCAGCUUAGUACUGUUGGGAGUGAACUUUUGUCCACGCUUAGCAGAACAGUCCAUGAUGUGGGGGGGCUUCACGCUAAGAGCAGGAGGAAAUCGGAUCUUCAAUCUCUGAAUCGUAACGCCUGGGGUUUGUCCCAAGCACAAGUUGCUGAGGUUACGAGUCUCGUGGAGAGCAGAGUAGAGGAGUUCCGUGUUCAACAGCAAGAAUUGAUGCAAACUGUUUCUACCAGAAUGCAGUCCUUCGUUGCGGGAGAAUUGGCGAAAUUGUCUACUACGCAGUCCUUCCUUGAAGAGAAUGUAUCUAAGUUUGAGGGAUCGGAGAAGGAGGUUUCAGAGCAGACGAAAUCGGCCAAAGAAGAGAUGGAUUCUGUUCUAGAAGAGAUCAAGACACUUCGAGAAGAGGUGAAGACUCGCGUUGGCGAAGGCCUUCAUGGGUUGUCCGUUGCAGCUGAGCGAAUCUCAGCAGAGGUUAUUAGUGAACUCGGUGCCUUUCACACACAACUUCACACUUCCUACAGCUCACUUGGCCGAGACUUCAAGGGUCUUUUCGAAGAUCUUCUCAAGCAUAUCCAUGCCCAAAAGGCCGAGGCCGACAAUCUGCGUCAACAAUUGACCACAGCAAGCGAGCUUGCCAUGCAGUCAAAUUUUGCUGCAUCUUCACGUUUGGAUGAGGUGCUGCGGGAGGAGCGAGAACAAGCAGCUGCCGAUCGCCAAAGCCUUCUUUCGCAGAUCACCAGUCUCGUUGUGGCUCACGGCGAUGCACAAGACUCUCGUCUUACUUCGAAGAUCCAGGAGGUUCAAAAAGAUGUUCUGGCGUCUAAGGAAGGCUUCGAAUUAUCCACAGCUCAGUACAGCGCGGGGAUGGAUGCCUGGAAUGAGAAGGAAACGAUGCUGGUUGAAGAAGUUCUUCGCUCUAGGGAGACCUUGAAGAGCAAAUUGAAGGAAGACUGGGUCGCUGCUAACAAACACAACACGACUCUCCAAGCCGCCACCAACUCCGUACAUGCAGAAACAGUUCGCAUUGUUGAUGAGCAAAUGAAGGAUAUUGAGAUCCAAAUGCGAGCUCUCGAUGAUUUCGUCACCCGUGCACGCUCACAAAAUGCCCAGCACCACGACAGCCACGCUCAAUCUCUUCAGAAUCUUUCCAGCACCGUGAAAUCUUCUUACUCCAAUAUCGGUACGCACUUUACGUCAACGUACGAACGUGUCCGGGAUCUUGGUGACGAAAUGUCUACCAAGACCGCUAUCCUCCAAGAGUCACUUGCACCUCUGGAUUCUGUAUUGAAAGAGCCUCUCACAACUUUGCGUGAGAACAUCACAAGCACAUCUUUCCAGGAAUACAAACCUACGGGUGAAACUCCGCAGAAGAUUCAAUAUACUUAUCCAACUGAGCUACCACGAACCGAAGCACACGAAGCUCUCCUCGCGGCAAUGCGCAGACCAACUGAGUUCAGGAGUCCGAGCAAAAGUAUGACAUCAGUGGUUCCAGUCAUAUUCAACGACGAGCAAUCGACAUCUUCCCACAGUCGACAGUUCUCUCACUCUCUCGGAGCCUCAAUCUCUCGCCCUCAAACCGACCUGGAACUCACACGUCCAACAACAAGCGGUAGUACUGGUCUUCGCGAAAUGGACGUCAAUGUCCAGCCUAGUGCCGCUGCAAACGAGGAACAUCAAAGUCAGAUACCGAGCUUCAAACGUAGUAUCAGCUCAUCUGCAAAACUGCCUGUCUUGAAGAGCAAGAAGAGUGUUAUCGCGUUAGAGGGACGAGAGAAUGUUUUGAGUUCAAGUGUCGGUCCUGGAAAUCCGCUGGCGCAGGUACAGAGUACUGGACGGAGGAGAAGUCCUAGGAAUGGUUAG